GCCACUGCAUCACAUCCCUGGGCGAAUUUAGUGCUCACCCCUUUCUCUGAAGGAUCCCCCUGGGUGGCUCAGAGCCUUUUACUACAAAUCUUCAAUUCAGAAUUCUCACAAUUUCUCUUUGUCAAUGUUUCCAUUCAUAUUUUCUCAAUAUUUCAGGAGUAUGCGAAUCAAGCUUGGCAGAUAAUGAUGGAAAGUGCGGCGGAAGCCCCAGUAGCAAAACGCUCUGUCGACCAAAGGAGAGCACCUAGAAAAAUCACUGCGGCCGACGGAGAUGAAUGCCCCCAUGGACCUCCAGGCCCCAUUGGAAAACCGGGAGCAGCUGGAGCAGAUGGAGAAAAAGGCCGAAAAGGGUAUCCAGGAUCACCGGCACCUCCUUGUUUGAAGUACAAAUGGGAGCGUUGCAUUAGCUGCCCAUACGGUCCACCAGGACCACCCGGGCCAGAAGGACAACGGGGACUCCCAGGACGACCAGGAAACGACGGUCGCAUGGGUACCUACGGUAGACACGGUCCACCUGGCCCGAUCGGUCCACCGGGACCUCAAGGCGCUCCCGGCAUGCCCGGUAUGCCAGGAUGGCACGGUGUCCCAGGUCGAAAUGCCCAGGCUGGAAAAGGAAGACGCGGACCACCUGGAAUGAUUGGUGAAGAAGGGCCAACAGGUAUGGAAGGUAUGCGAGGGGAGCCAGGUGCAGAUGGGAACCCGGGACUACCUGGAGCUAUGGGAAAUGCUGGUUUUCCGGGUACACCCGGUCCAAACGGAGUCAAUGGAGUCCCGGGGCCGAAGGGAUUUCCCGGUCACGACGGGACUUAUUGUCCAUGUCCGACACUG